UUUCCCGAAUCGAGAUCGCUUUAGCUACUGUCUUUUCCCGAUCCGCAAAGCCCGCGAUCGAAACAAAACAAAUCAAAGUAAUAGCACUCUACCCGAACUUAACCCGCAAACAAAUCGUAAAUCCAACGAGCGGCAACAGAAGCAGCAUGAGAGGACAUCAACGAGUCUCGGAAAUCGCCAAAGAUUAGCUCUGUGGAUUGGGGGCUAUGAUGAUGACUCUCGUUCCAGAGAUAAUAUUUUGAUAAAAUAUUUGAGGCAAACUUUCGGAACAGCGCCGCCAUCUAAAGAGUUAAGAGAGUUAAGAUCCCCGGACAUCUAUGCACAUCAUGCCACUCGAUCCGCGCUCGUCCACGCGCCAGGUUGUUUUCUAGAACCCAUCCGAUCCCAUCUCAUCUCAUCCGAUCCGAUCCGAAGCCCUCAGUAAUCAGCUAAUUGCCCGUGAAAGAUCUGGCGAAAAUUAAGCAAUCAAGUGCCAGCUAAAUUCCGUAGCAAGUGUGCAAGUGUGUGUGAGAGUUCGGUGACCAAAAGCCGGAAGAGACCAAUGUGCCCAGUGAGAUCGCGAGCCAAGUGAAGCCAAUUAGGAUUAGGAUGGUGCAGAGCGAGAAUUCCAGUGGUUUGCCGACCGAGGAUCAGGAUCUCGAGGCUGCUGCCCAGGAAUCCCGCGAUGAGUCCGAUGUGGAGUCCAGACUUUUGGACAAUGGAAAGACCUACGACAAGGAAAAGGAGGCGGGAAACAAUCUGAACGGAGAUGAAUCCACUCCCAAGAAGGGAAAAUCCAAAAAGAAGAAACAGAAAUCCGAGCAGGAACGCCUCAUCACCGCGGAAAUCAACAGACUCCUGGAGGAAUCGCCGCUGGAGAAGAAUGUCACCUGCGGCUUCUGGAUUUUCAAGGGAAAGUUCUACCAGCGGUUUGCCAAUCAAACAGCGUAUGUUUUACUCUACGGCAUCGUCGGCUGUAUAUUUUCAAUGACAUAUGCCUACUUUAAUGGCACGAUCACCACAAUAGAGAAGCGCUUCAAGAUACCCUCGAAGAACACAGGAAUUAUCUCGGUGGGCAAUGACAUAAGCCAAACAUUGGUGUCUGCGGUUCUAGCCUACUAUGCGGGAAAGGGUCAUCGACCCAGGUGGAUUGGGUUUGGUCUCCUUACCAUUGUUUGUUUCUGUGUUUUGACCACAACUCCGCAUUUCCUCUACGGACCUGGUGAGGAUGCACUGGCUCUCACCUCGGAAUUUGGGGGUUUACCCGAUGAAAAUGCCACCAUGGAGGCAAUCGAGGAGCAGCGAACCAAAACCCUUUGCCGUUUAAAUGGAGGAGGAGCUGAAUGUGAAGUCGGCGAGGGUAACUUUGCCCCUCAACUCCUGCUCUUUGUGGCACAGUUCAUAUCCGGAAUCGGGGGAUCACUGUACUACACAUUGGGUGUAUCCUACAUGGAUGAUAACACCAAGAAAUCCAAGACACCUGCAUUGCUGAGUCUCUCGUACUUCCUUCGUAUGUUGGGUCCUGCGAUUGGAUACGCCUUGGCAUCCUUCUGCCUUCGAUUGUACAUCGCUCCCCAGAUGCAUCCUGUGAUCAACAACAAGGAUCCUAGAUGGCUGGGCGCCUGGUGGCUGGGUUGGCUGGUAAUGGGUGGUCUGUUGUCCUUCUCCGGGGUUUUCCUCUCAAUGUUUCCCAAGGAACUCCCGAGAGCAGUGGCCCGAAGAAAAGUGGAAGAGAAUCGCAGGCGCGAAAAGGAGCGUCUUUCGCUGAAAAACAAGGAAAAGGAAACCCUGACUGCGGAAUUGGAUCAGAAGACACCUACGGAAGCCAAGGCAUCCUUCCAGGACAUGUUGAAAACCUUCCGCCGGCUGAUCACCAAUAAGACAUACAUGUGCAACACGCUCUCGAGUAUUUUCUACCUUGUGGGAUAUACUCCUUAUUGGAUUUUCACACCCAAGUACAUCGAAGUGCAGUAUCGCCAAUCGGCGGCCACUUCAUCCAUGGUCACCGGAACCGUAGCCUUGGCCUUCUCUGCCGUGGGAGUUCUGCUCUCCGGAUUUAUCAUCUCGAGGUAUAAACCCAGAGCAAGAUAUAUGGCAGCUUGGAAUGUAAUUGUGGGCUUCCUCACGGUAGCCGGAAUCCUGGCUUACGCCUUCAUUGGCUGUCCCGGAAACGAGAGCUCCGUGAUCGUUAAUAUCCACGAUAGCUCCCUGACCGGAAAUGCCACCACUUGCAACUCCGCCUGUUCCUGCGAUUACGUCCGGUACUCUCCGGUGUGCGGAGAGAACAAUAUGACCUAUAUAUCCGCCUGUCACGCGGGAUGCAAAAGAUUGCAUGUGAAUUCGGAGGGGAAAAAGGUCUUCUACGACUGCUCCUGCAUUCCUUCCGACGAGACCACCAAUACCACAAGUCAAUUCAAGCGCCUAACCAGCGAUGAUUUGUAUAGUGACAACAUCAAUCUGGACACUUCGAUGGCCACUCCAAUCGAGGCACUGGCAAAUGGUCAAGCGAUGCCAGGAGCCUGUCCCGUAAAUUGCUGGACGCAAUUCGUGGCCUUUUUGGCCGUGAUGUGUUGCCUGAAGUUCGUGGGAGCCAGUGGCAGGGCUUCCAACUUCCUGGUCUCCGUUCGUUGUGUUCCGGAGAAGGACAAAACGGCUGCCAUGGGCUUCGGCAUGACCCUGUGCUCGAUGCUGGCCUUCAUUCCCAGUCCGAUAUUCUUUGGCUGGGUCUUCGAUAGAGUGUGUUUGGUUUGGGGAAAGACCUGCACGAACAAGGGAAACUGCUGGCUCUACGAUCCGCUCUCCAUGAGAUACACCCUGAACUUCACCGCAGCUGUUUUUAUCGCCAUUGGAGCCAUUUUCGAUCUAGGAGUGUGGUACUACGCCAAGGACCUGAAAAUCUUCGACGAGGACGUCAAGGAGGUGGAGAUGAAGAUCGUUCAGCACGAGGAGGAGGCCAACAACGAGAAGAAUACAGAGAUCUAGAUAUAAGUUACUAUAUUACCAAUAAGAAGUGCUGUGUGAGUGAGAGUUUUGGUGCCUUGUUUUGUCAAUAUCCAUGUGUGAUUUCCCCCGUAGAGUCCAGUACCAUAAUAAAAGGUAUUGUAACAGUAA